UGUUGCUAUCGGGUGGCUUGGCAUUUCAUUUCCUGAAGUCGCGCCUUGUUUCGCUCAAGUCAAAGCCGCCGUGGGAAAUCGGUCGUUCUCGCUCGCUACACAUCGCCCAUCUCCAAUAAUCCUCUUUGGAGCAGCAACCGACAACAUGCCUAAGGCCGUCAGCAAGUCGAAGAAGCCCGCACCGGCUCCCUACCCCGCCAAGGGUCAGGCUGUCGCUAAGAAGGCCAAGAACCCCUUGAUCGAAAAGAAGCCCCGCAACUUCUCCAUCGGUGCGGACAUCCAGCCUAAGCGUGACUUGUCCCGCUUCGUCAAGUGGCCCCAGUACGUCCGUCUUCAGCGCCAGAAGACUAUCCUCAAGCAGCGUCUGAAGGUCCCCCCCGCAAUCAACCAGUUCACCAAGACCCUCGACAAGAACACUGCCACCCAGCUGUUCAAGGUCUUGAACAAGUACCGCCCCGAGUCUAAGCAGGAGAAGAAGACCCGUCUUACUGCCGCUGCCGAGUCCGUUGCUGCCGGUAACAAGGUUGACCAGGGAAAGAAGCCCGUUGUCGUCAAGUACGGUAUCAACCACAUCACUGCACUUGUUGAGGCCAAGAAGGCUCAGUUGGUCGUGAUUGCCCACGAUGUUGACCCCAUUGAGAUCGUCAUCUGGCUCCCGGCUCUCUGCCGCAAGAUGGGUGUCCCAUACUGCAUCGUCAAGUCCAAGUCCCGUCUCGGUACCGUCGUCCACAAGAAGACCGCCACCGCCCUCGCCUUGACUGACGUGAAGCCCGAGGACAAGCACGAGCUCGCCUCCGUCGUCAGCGCUAUCAAGGGUGCCUACAACGACAAGUACGAGGACCACCGCAAGACCUGGGGUGGAGGCAUCAUGGGCCAAAAGUCCAACAACGCCACCGCCAAGAAGGAGGCCCGUGCCGCUCGUGAGAUCAAGGUUUAAAUCCAAACCCCUUGAUUCUUUGACGACCCGAUUCUGCCAUUUCGUUCUUUGUACUUGUACAUACCCGAAACGAUGUGAAUACAAUGCACGUAAUGAUGGACAGCCACUCUAAUUUAUUCACAAUUUUGAUA